CAGAGUGUGUGCAAUAUAUGACUGUCUUCUCAAGUGGUUAUGACAACAUGGUAGUCAAGACGUAUCGUAAGAAUUUAGCUUGGUAGCUUGGUGUUGUUAUGGCGUAUUAUAUUAGUCAGUCAGCAUCAGCAUGAGGCCUUAACAGUUAUAACAACGACAUUGUUUAUGUUGUAUCCAAAAGUAAUUGGAUCGAAACAUAGUUUUCUACUAGUUUAAACGUUGUAGUAUAUCGUUUAACAUUUUGUAAUAUGCUAUAGAUAUAAAUAACAAUUUAUGUACCAUGUCUUAUGACUCUUUUGCCAAUGGAAUCUUUCCUAGUCCUUUUGCAGAAACAGAUUUUAGGUCGUAAUGAGUUGACCAGACUUUUUGAUUGUACUACAGCAUCAUGAUGCCAUAAUGGGUCAUGUUCUGAAAUAUGCUGAAAUCAAAGCACCCAAUCAUAAACUCGCAUUGACAUAUUGGCUGUUGGGGGUUGUUGUGUUAUUUCAACACACCAUUCAGUGCCAAGCACAGGAAUCUGUUGUCCUGAAUUUCACUGUAUUGGAAAAUGCAACUGUGGGUACUGAAGUGGGUAGACUUGCAGCAAUUGAGCAAAGUGGAUAUUACAUUACUUCGGAAGAAAGCAAUCCUUUUAUAGUGUAUUUUGACCGGGUUGUUGUGGAAAAUCAAGGAAUUAUUCGAACGAUAAAAGAGCUUGACCAUGAAACUCACAGCUCAUUUGAUGUUGCAAUCUAUGACAGCAUUGCAAAUCAGUAUUUUGAGGUACAAAUUCUUGUGACGGAUGUAAAUGACCAUGCGCCAACAUUUAAUCAGGGAGAGCUGAGUCUUAUUAUAUCUGAAGCUAGUCAAGUUGGUGCCAAGUACAAUUUGGGAACUGCAACUGACCCGGACUCGGACCCAUACAAUGUGCAGGGAUAUAAACUCUUGUCAGGGGUGCAGGACCAAGCAUUUCGGUUAAACAAUCGACAUAUAAACGGACAGGUGUAUGUGGAUUUAAUUGUCAAUCGGACGUUAAACAGAGAACAUGUGUCAAAUUACUCAUUUACUGUUGAGGCCUUUGAUGGUGAUGUACCGCCCAGAACUGGAACUCUGCAGGUUCAUAUCAGUAUCUCUGAUGUAAAUGACAAUCCUCCUAUAUUUGACUUGAGUCGAUAUACAGUAAUGUUGAAGGAGAAUGCAGCAGUUGGUACAGAUGUGAUUACCCUUAAUGCUACAGAUGAGGACACAGGGUUAAACGCUUUGAUCACAUACCGCAUUGACCGAACCCAGAGUGAUCCAAAUGCAGUAUUUGAGAUCGAGAGUGAAAAUGGGCGGAUCUACCUCAACAAACAGCUUGAUUUUGAGCAAAAAGUUCUUCAUAAGUUGGUAGUGGAAGCUGUGGAUAAUGGUUCGCAACCCCAAGUUGGCUCCACAGUUGUCAUUGUUGAAAUUGGUGAUGUAAAUGACAACAAACCACAAAUUAAUGUCAUUUUUCUCGAUGCUGGGGAAGCAAAGGUGUCAGAGGGAGCACAGCCGGGUGAUUACAUAGCCAGGGUGUCCGUCUCAGAUCCGGACCUCGGUGAAUUGAGCCACGUUAAUGUCACUCUGGACGGUGGAAAUGGAAGGUUUGGGCUGCAGAUGGAAAACAGUGUGAUAUAUCUGGUUUGCGUGAAAGAGCGAUUAGACAGAGAAACUCAAUCAUCGUAUCAUAUUACGUUGACUGCCGUCGAUUUUGGCAGCCCUCCCCAAUCGACGUCUACAUCGUUCACGUUGACAGUUGAAGAUGUAAACGACAAUCCACCUAAGUUUGCAAGUGAUCUGGUAGAGGUCGAACUUUCGCAAAAUUCUUUCCUUGGCACUUUCGUUACACAAGUGUCAACCACGGACGCCGACAUAGGCGUGAACGCGGAAGUGACGUACCGCUUGGAUGAUUCGCCACAAAGUGCUUGGUUAGAUAUUAAUCCCGACUCAGGGCUGAUCACAACAUCGCGAAGCUUGGACAGUGUCAGUGGAUCUAGCUUUACAGUGUUGGUUUGGGCAACGGAUAAAGGAACCCCCGCUUUGUCCUCCAACACAACCCUCAUGCUUCGAAUCAGCGACGCAGUGGAUAGCCCGCCAAGAUUCGACGUUUCUUCUUACACAGCAUCAAUAUCGGAAGCCUUUGAUGUCGGACGCUGCUUUUUAAAGAACCGAUAUCCCGUUAUUCAGAUCUAAAUCACCAACGAAAGUAUUUAUAGAUGCCGUGUACCCUCGUGAUCGUGUUUAAUUUUAGUUUUGAUUUAAAACAUCUAUAUCAUUUAUCCUGAAGCAAGCUUUUUUCAUGUAUAGCGCAUUUAAAAUUAUUCAUACUGUUCAAUGUGGCGGUGGCCACUGUGGUAAAAAAUUUCACAUUUUAACCAAGGUUUAACCCUUCUCAAUACGCCACACAAUAGACAACGUUGUAAAUUGUGGUUCCUAUACCCCAUAACUCGCCCCUUCCCGUGGGUUUGAAAUAUGAGUUUCAUCUAAUACAUGCGAUGCCACAGGUGCAACCACCGACGCCCCCCACCCAACUAACCCCUUGUAGUUGUAACCUUGAGGGAUUAUCCUAACCGUGAGAGCACUGUUGCUUAACUCUCGCUUUGGUAAAUAAUUUAAGCCAUUUCGCUUGAACGGCUUUGAAAUAUAAAAUGUUUUUUUUUUAUGUUCCACAAAGUUUCACCAAGCAAAGGGUGUAAAAUUUUUUCCGCGUUUUUUUUUAUCUCACAGUGGGGUAUAUCAGCCAUUUUUGCCCAACAUUUAACCCGUCGGUUCCUGGUAUCUUUCUCCGUGUGUGGCUGCUGGCGCUUCCAAAAAUCCCAAAACAUUCGCUUGGGGAUUGGGUUUGAAAAACAUGUCUCAAACUGGAUUACAUUGUUUAGGGAUUAACACGUCACUAAUCGACGUGCAUUGUAAACAAACUGGGGCGAUUCGAUUCUCCGCGUCAGCCCGACUCGAUCAAUACAGUGUAUUUAAAAC